GAAAAUUUAAAAGUUCAAAUGACAAAUAAUACAAUAUAUAAAUAAUAAUAUAUAUAUAUAUAUAUAUAGCCGCGUAGUUGAAAAUUAUGCGUAUGUGCCUCCAAUAGGAACUGCCAUGAAUGCUCAUAAACAGAAUCAUCACCGGAAACACAAAAUACUACACAAUCCCUUGCCAGUAACACUCCAAGAAUCUUAACAUACUACUUGAUAAAAACCUAAUGCCUUUUCUAACAAACGUUGGACCUACUUUGUGUUUGUUAUACCUCACAGGUGUUAUAUAGAAAAUAGAAGGUAUAUUAAGUAGCUCAUACACACUACACGCAGUUGUUGAUAACCGAAGGUUUAAGUUGGUCGUGAUGGUUGUAUUAUGGGUAUUCUUCGGUGUAAUGCUAAGCGUUGUUGAAGGUCAAUUGCAGCGUAAAUACGUGACGGAUUUCAGAAAUGCUUUCGAUACGAAGUUACACGCGAGUGUGUUGGAUGAGGAAAAGUGUUUUAAACAGCUGGAGAUCUUGAGUAAUCACUCAUUGGGAUUACGAUUUCUAGACGCCACGGGCAAAAUCCCAAGUGGUAUAAUGGAAGGAAACUUCAACGCUCUCGGAGACUAUUUUGAAUGUUUGGCCAUCGACCAAGUCUUAAACAACUUGGCCUUCCAGGGGAAAUACUGCUCCCUCAAGAUCCCUAUUCAACAACAGCUGUUGGUCAGUGAAAAGUCUCUUGCCUGGUCAGAUAUGGCCUAUCAGCUUGGCAUCGAUGGUCUUCCUAUUAAUUAUUAUGUGGACAUGUUAAGAGAGAUCUCUGAUAAAUCUUUCACCAAUGUAAAGAAGUACAUUGAUAAUUUUACAGGAUUUGGGCAGAAAUUCAAUAUAAGUGACGUCGGCAACUCAUUGGUUCCUUUCAAUAUCACCAUGGGGGUGUGUAUUCCCCACACAUGUACCACGGAGCAAGUCGUUGAAUACUUCAUCACAAGAUACGUUCCGGUGUUAAAUUUGACCUACUCCGAAUUCUUUUGCCGUCUGCCAAACGACAAGCCGUUCACUGCAGCUGAUUACACAGUGAUUGUUAUUUUUUCUGUAUUAGGAGUUAUCACUAUCAUUAGUACUUCCUACGACAUCUACAACACCUUGAUAUUAAAACGCAAUCGAUCCGAAAUAAACCGUCUGUACCAAAGUUUCUCUGUAUACACAAAUACACGGAGAUUAGUAACAUUUAUUCAAGAGCCAGGGUCUUUGGAUUGCGUGGACGGCAUCAGGACCCUUUCCAUGCUGUGGGUAGUUCUGGGCCAUACUUACACUUCGAUAAUGUUUGUAGGAGUUCACAACACUAAAUAUAUUUUGGAGUGGUCAAGGUUCUUUACGUCAACAUGGCUCCACUCAGCAACUGUCACAGUGGACACGUUUUUCUUUCUCAGUGGCAUGUUGUCCGUUUACAGUACAGUGAAAAAGUUUAAUAGAGGGAGAUUCAUGAGAAAUAUUCAUUUCUUCUACAUUCUACGCCUGUUAAGGAUGUUACCGCUUUUGGCUGCAAUGGUUCUUCUACAAGUGUCGCUGUUGCACCACGCUUCUGACGGUCCUAACUGGAAAAAAGUCGCGUCCUCAGUUGAAUACUGCAAUAAGUUUUGGUGGAGUGCCCUACUUCAUGUACAGAAUUAUGUUAAUCCUUUAGAAGUUUGCAUUGGUCCAACCUGGUAUCUCUCCGUCGAUGUUCAGCUUUACAUACUAAGUCCUUUAGUCAUCGUAUGGAUGUUUGGCAAGGAGUACGUCGCUUUCAUUGCGUUGGCAAUUGCAAUUAUUUUGUCGUUGAUCGCCUCUACUUACUACAGCUUUACAUAUGACUUGGGAGUAGUGAUCGGCAACCCAGCACGCACUUUGGAAUUUGACGAUUACCUUGUUUACUACUACUAUAACACUCCGGUGAGAGCGUCGCCGUUUAUUGUCGGAAUGGUGUUCGGUUACUUGUUGCAUUUGUAUAGAGGCAAGACCCCUAAUAUUUCCAAGGUCAAUACAACUCUUCUUUGGAUGCUGUCGAUUAUGAUGCUGACCUUCAGCAUAGUGUGUGUCUACCCGACGAUGCAGAAAGACUAUGACCUGCAGGUAUACGACAAUAUUCUCAACUCAUACAUGAGGUUCAUAUGGGCGUGCGGUCUCGGAUGGGUUAUUUUCGCCUGCGCUAAAGGAUAUGGUGGCCCUGUCAACUGGUUCCUAUCACUAUACUUGUGGAAGCUUCCUGCGAGGCUCUCGUAUGGAGUGUAUUUGCUGCACAUGCCCCUCAUUUUAAUAUUACAAGGGAGCUGGGUGAAGAGUCAGUACUUCUCAGAAUAUGAUAGUACCUCCAGAUUCAUGGCCGUCACAAUGAUGAGUUUCAUGCUCAGUUUCUUCAUGACCAUAAUAAUUGAUUCUGCGUUUUCUACAAUUCUUAAAAUGUUCCUAACUGGCAAGUCGACACCACAAGCUUUAACCUCAAAACCGGAGAUAGAAAAAUGUAAUAGAGAACAAAAUUUUUACAAAACUAGUUUAUGAGAUUAUGUGCAAUAUUUUAGUGUAGGUGUGAUAGACUAUAUUUAAGUAACAGUUCAAAUGAGAGAAUGAAAACAUCCAAGUGGAUUUUUAUUUGAAUAAUACCUAAGACUAUCAUCUCCCUUGGUUUCGCCAUAAUUAAAUUAUGACCGCAACAAAACAAGCCUCAGGCGGCCAAUUCUUAUAAAAUAAAACAAUAAGAUUAUUACCAGCCCUAUAUUGUCUAUUGCUGGACUGGCCUCUAUUACUAUUAAGAGGUUCUAUAAUAGUACGAUGUAUUUAAUUAAUUAUUGUUGGAAAAUAAACAUGU